AUGUCUUUCAAAGUUCUUAAAAAAUCAUUCCUUCUCUCAAGGAAAUCCUAUAGCACUGCGACUGCAUUUCUGACUUCAAGACCAUCUGAAGACAUUUAUGAAAGGACGCCACCAGUUACUUUGCUCUCUGAGAAUGAGAAUUUCUUUGUGGAGACAGUUCGAAAGUUUUCCAAUAACGUUGUGAAGCCGUUAGUCCGAGAAAUGGAUAAAAAUUCAAAGAUGAACCCAAUUGUGACAAAAGGAGCAUUCGAAAAUGGGCUAAUGGGCCUUCAUGUUCCCGAAGAGUACGGAGGAUCUGGAUCUUCAUUUUUCGAUGCGAUGCUUGUUAUUGAGGAGCUGGCAAAAACAGAUCCAUCGGUCUCCGCAAUGGUUGGCAUCCAUAAUACUCUCCCUGUAUCAAUGAUUAUCGAUCAUGGAUCGGAAGAACAAAAAUUGAAAUACCUACCUUCUUUAAGUUCGGAUUCUCUUGCUUCAUUCUGUAUUUCUGAAUCUGGAGCUGGAUCAGAUGCAUUUGCUUUGAAAACUACUGCGAAAAAAGAUGGAUAUCAUUAUCUGAUUUCUGGAUCGAAAAUGUGGAUUACAAACUCUUCAGAAGCACAAGUUUUCGUUGUUUUCGCCAAUGCGGAUCCAAGUCAAAAAUACAAAGGAAUCACUUGUUUUAUUGUCGAAAGAUCUCAAGAAGGGGUUUCUGUAUGCAAAGAAGAAGAUAAACUUGGAAUCCGUGCAUCAUCCACUUGCCAGGUGAAUUUUGAUAAUGUGAGAGUUCACGAGUCAGCAAUAUUGGGAGAGUAUGGAAAAGGCUACAAAUACGCAAUUGAAUGUCUGAAUGCCGGAAGAAUUGCAAUUGGAGCACAAAUGAUAGGACUGGCUCAAGGAUGUUUCGAUCAAACGAUUCCUUAUCUUCAACAGAGAGAACAGUUUGGACAAAGACUCAUUGACUUCCAGGGUCUCCAACACCAGAUUGCUCAAGCACGAACUGAAAUUGAGGCCGCCCGCCUAUUAGUUUACAAUGCUGCCAGAAUGAAAGAAUACGGUAUUCCAUAUGUUCGACAAGCAGCCAUGGCCAAACUUUUUGCCUCUCAGGUUGCAACAUCCACGUCGGCACAAUGUGUUAAAUGGCUUGGUGGAGUGGGAUUCACAAAAGAUUUUCCAGCUGAAAAAUUCUACAGAGAUGCAAUGAUUGGAGAAAUUUACGAGGGGACUUCAAAUAUUCAAUUGAAUACGAUUGCCAAAUUAAUUGAUAAUGAGUACAAAUUGAGAGCUUGA